GGAGCAGGUCUGCUUGUGGACAUGACGAAAUUCCUAAGUCAAGAUCAAAUCAGUGAGUAUAAGGAGUGUUUUUCCCUGUAUGACCAGAAGCGCAGGGGUAAAAUGAAGGCGGAAGAUCUGCUGACGGUCAUGAGAUCUCUGGGCUGCUGUCCGACCCUGCAAGAACUCGACAAACACUUGCUAACCCAUAAAAUCGAUAAGAGCGGCGAGUUGGACUUCUCCACGUUUCUCAGCGUGAUGCACGUGCAGAUCCAGCAGGAGAACCCGCGGGCCGAGAUCCUGCAGGCCGUGAGGUUGAUGGACACGAGGAAGCAAGGCUUUAUUACGGCGUCUGAGUUCAGGGCCAGACUGACAUGCUUUGGAGAGCGACUCACAGAUCAGGAAGUGGAUGAGCUGCUGAGUAAAGCCGGCGUGGCGUGUGACGGACAAAUUAACGAAGAGGGUUUUGCAAAGAUUGUGACAUUUCUGACCAGCUGAUGAGCUGCUAUAAAUCAGUAGCAGAAUGACAUUCCAGCUAAAAACCUCAGAUAUUACAGCCUCUAAAUCUUCCUAAAUUAGCAAAAAAAUGAAAUAAUUACACAAGCAUGACCAUAUUUAACUGAUAAACCACCUGCCAAACUGCUUUAAUCAUUAACUAACGACCGUGGGAUUCUUUUCAAAGUCACCAGAUGUGCGACUUUUUUACUGUACGGUUAAUAGUUGGUUUAAAGUUGACUUUCCAGAACUUUCCAACUGUUUAUUUAAAUAGUUUAAGUAGUAAAGAUUUGAGAUUGUUGGUUUAGUGUUUGAAAUUGUGAUCGCAGUGCCCUCUUGUGUUUAUAGAGAGAAUAUAAUUUUGGUGUAAUGAAUCACAUAUCUCAGAAAUCAAUUUUUAAAUGACGUCUUCUCUCAACCUAAAGACCCCGUUUAAAAACAAUAAAUGUGUGUACACGUGGAUCACCAAAUGUCCACUGCUCCUCUCUGUGUGUAAAAAGAUGUUUAAACAAUUUAUUAGAACCUAUAAAAAGCAAGAACUGAAAGCAAACUCUGUUGUUUUGUGAACCAAACCGUCUUUGGAUCAUAAAGCCCAUAAAUUCCCCUGUUGUCGUGUUAUUGUUUGCACAGCUUUAUGUGUCUCUGUUGAGAUAAUAAACUGAAGUAAAGCUGUUGAGGUAGAUUUACUCCCUAAACCACAGACCUGCUGUCAAAUGUUAAUUAGAUGGAAUAACAGUAAAAGUUAACUUUGUAAUUGUGUUUGUGAGGAAAACAAACAUUGCUAUGAUAAGACAGGACUUUAUUAUGCCCUUCAAAUGGACAACAUAGUAACACUGUUUACAUUCAUUUCCUUUCGGACCACCACCUUCACAUGGUUGAGGUCAUUGACAUAGC